CUGUAGUGACAGCAUGCGGAGCGGUCUGCUGCUGUGUUUAUGCCUGUGUCUGGGCGCGCGGGUCGAGGGCGGCGAGCGCGAGGCGCGCCUGGUGCGCAGCCCGCAAGGCCCGGUCAAGGGCUACAAGGACCCCGGCGACAGCAUAUUCGUCUUUUACGGGAUCCCCUAUGCCACAGCGCCUACGGGAGCUGACAAAUUUAAGGCGCCUCUUCCUGCCUCAGCAUGGUUAGACCCUUUGGAAGCCGUAGAUGAUACUAUUAUAUGUCAUCAAGCCACGCUUAAUAAUACUACGAUCCCAAAUAAGAUCGAAAAAGAAAACUGUCUCGUGGCAAAUGUUUUCGUCCCUGACACUGACCAAAAAAAACUACCAGUUGUAGUAUAUGUGCACGGAGGAACAUACCAACGCGGCUUUGGAAAUCUGUUUCUACCCAAAAACUUAGCAAGAAGCAAGAAAGUCAUUGUAGUAACAUUCAACUAUCGCCUCGGAGUUCACGGAUUUCUUUGUUUAGGCACUGAAAAGGCACCAGGAAAUGCUGGAAUGAAAGAUCAAAUAGCACUUUUAUAUUGGGUCAAAAAGAAUAUAGCAAGCUACGGGGGAAACCCAGAAGAUGUGACCCUCGCGGGCUACAGUGCCGGCUCCUCGGCCGUCGAACUGUUAAUGAUUUCACCUGCUACAAAAGACUUAUUUAAUAAAGUGAUUCCAGAAAGUGGGUCUAACUUAGCCACUUUUUCAGUUCAAAUUGACCCCCUAGAAAAUGCAAAAACCUUUGCUAGAUCUAACGGCUUGGAAAAUGUAGAUGACGUGUACGCUUUGGAAGAGUUCUACACCACAGCGAGCUAUGAAGUAUUAACAUCAGACCCCUUUUAUUACAGAACUGAUUUCACGUUUUUGUUUUCACCAUGUGUAGAGCGUAAAACAGAAGGCGCUUUCCUUACAGAGUCUCCAUACAAUAUUUUAAAGAAUGGCAACUAUAGAAAAGUGCCGUUACUGAUGGGUUUUGCUGGAAUGGAAGGUAUAUUUCGAGUCGAUAUAUUUGAUUCUUGGAAAGAUAAAAUGAAUGCGAACUUCUCUGCUUUUCUACCACCAGACUUACAAUUUGAAAGUGAAAAAGACAAAGCAACAGUGGCUCAAAAAAUCAAAGAAUUUUACUUUGGUAAAAAACCAAUUAAUGCAGAUGAAGAAUCUGUAUUAUCUUACAUAAAUUUUAUGGCAGAUUUAUACUUCACAUAUUCUACUUUAAGAGCUGUGAACAUGCACGUGAAAGCAGGACAUGACAAGAUAUAUUUGUAUGAAUAUAAUUUUGUAGAAGAUUCUACGCCUGUCAUACCCUACACCAAGGACAAGCGAGGAGCCGACCAUUGUGCUCAAACUAGCGCUAUAUUUGACGCACCUAAUUGGCUAUGUGAGAAAGACGAAAGCAGCAUCUCUGAGGAUCUGAAAAACAUGAAGAAAGUCAUUAGAGAGCUAUGGCUUAACUUUAUGACAACGGGGAGUCCGGUGCCGGCGGGCUCCGCGCUGCCCGCGUGGCCGGCGGCGGGCGCGGGCGGCGCGCCGCACAUGUCGCUGGCGCGCACGCUGCGGCUGCGCGGCGCGCUGCUGGAGGAGCGCGCGCGCUUCUGGGACGCCAUCUACGAGCGCCACUAACGCGCGCCCGCGCCGCCGCCGCCGCCGCCGCCGCCGCCUGCUAGACAUUCCGAGCUUUAAAACUUAAUAAAAUAAAAAUUUUAUUUAAGAUAUUAUAGAAAAAACCAAAAUAUUUUGGUUUUUCAAAAACAUUUUUUUAAACUAUUUAAUUACCAAUAUCAAUUACCUAAUCUCAGUUUAGUUUAUAUUCAUUUACCAUAUCUAAGUGAAAUGUCCAAGAAAGCAAAUAUCAACACCUGUAUAAAAGGCAACCAGUGUUAUUAUAAAGUUAUACUCAGAAUAUGAAACGGGGCCUAAAAUAAUAUGCAUGUAAGCAAAAUGCUGCGAAAUAAGUAGGUAUUCUAACAUUUAGCACUUCUGUCAAGUUUUGUUUAAAUAAAAGUAAGGCUUCAUUUUAAGGAAAAGACAAUGAAUAAAAUAUUGAAAUUUA